CGUCCUGCAGUGACCCUGUGAAGAUACUUUGCUGCUCGCGAGACUUAAAAGUUUGAGUGUCUCUCAUGUGUCUGCGAUUAAUGUGCAGCGACAUCUUUAACAGCACCGUCAGCUGAAGAAGUAGGUGUGAAGUGAUUAAGACACCUGUCAGCGUCAUCAGUUGGUUUUUUCUUACAAACAAUGUGACCGCACUGACAGGGAAACAUUAAACAUUUAAACCAGCUGCAACCUGCAGGAGAGCACAACGCUUAAAGUAAAAGAGUUCAACAAUGUCUCUACUAGUCACGCUGCUUUUGCUGUCGCUGGUUUCUCAGUGUUGGACUGCUCCACAGAGGAGAAACUGGACUUCUCAGGCGAUCCUAUACCUGAAAGGAGCACAGGGACGCCGCUCAUUUUUGGAGCGUGCCAGAAGAGAGGAAGAAAGCACUUUUCACUCAGGGACUCACAAGCCGAACAGCGAUGGCCGAGGCUCUUUGCUUUUAUCCAUUUUACUGGAACUCCUACAGCGAGCUGUAGAAGAAGAUGCAGGCAAUCCAGAUAAUCACCUGGACUAUCAGGAGGUGAAUAGAACUCACUUGUGAACAUUCAUCAGAGCCCACUUCUAUGUUUUUCUGUUUCUUAUGUUGCUUGUUACAUUUUAUUGUUAUUGUUGAUGUUUGUCUGCAUGUCGCAAAUUUGACUUAACUUAUAAUAAAAUGCACAAAAUAAAUGAAAAUGCCCCGUCUGCAAGAUGUUAGAGUGUGAUUUAUGUGUGAGUUUAUCUCUUCAUUUGACUGUCAUCGUGUGCAGUUUGUUGGUGUGACACAUGGAUGGAUUUCCUUUUACACUCAUCCUUGUCAACUUAUUAAAACAAUUACGCCAGUCACUCAUUCACACCAUGAAGUGAUUAACACCAGGAUGACAAACUAUCAGUCACUCAUCAUCGCGCCGUCUUCACAGCGGUCACCGAGAGAGCCGUAUCGGAGGUAGACGAUCGGGAUCAGACAGAGUUCAUCGACUAAUACAUUCCAGUAAAAUCACCAUGAGCUUCCAGCAGGGUUUUAGGAUUUAUUUUAUUGAACCAUGUUGUUAAAUCAUAGGCCACAUGUAACACUCUGCUCUUCACUUUCAGCAAAAGAGAAAGCCCAUGUUCACAGAUUUCUACAUCAAGCUACAUAAAUAGCCAA